AUGGCUUUGGCCCGGCAGCCCCGGGCCAAACUCGGGCCUUUCGGGUGCGGGAGUCGAGAUGGCGGCGGAGUGCGCCAGUCUUCCAUUACUGGCAUCCGCAAUGCCAUGCUGGCAGUGCUACGGGAGGCGGCUUUGCAGACGGUCUCAGAGAUCUUACUAGAGCGCCGGCGCCACCACAUCCGAGGGGCCCUAAGUUGCUGGCAUCAAAACGCGAGGCGGCGCCAGCUGCAGCGCGAACAUGACAAGGCGGUUGUGGUGGCAGUGGAAUCAAGGGAAAGGCUCCGGAAGCAGCAAUCCGAUGAGGAAGCGCUGACGCGCCAGCGAUGGAAGCAGGUUCUCAUCAAACAGAUGGGGCCAGGAUCUCGGCCGGGCAAGCGUCGGCUCCCUUCAGCAGAGACCUGCGUAUUUCUGGCAGUUAUGGCCCUUGCCGCCCUCGAGGCCCUGGUGAAGGCUUCCCCGGAGAAACGGCGAGGAGCAUUGAAUGCCAGCGGGAAGGCGAAAGCAGCCCCACCGAAGAAGGAGGUUGUAAAAGAGCCUCCAAAGCCAACAGUCUCCAAAGCAAAGAAGGCCGAGCCGGAACCCCCCCCGAAGAGCAAGAAGGAGAUAGAAGAGGAGCAAAAGAAGCUGCUGGAAGAGAAAGAGGAGCAGAAGCAGCAGUUCUUCGCAGCCGAACAGGCUCGAAAGGUGGCGGCCUCCAAGGGAGCUGAUCAGGAGGUCACCUACGUGGAAGAUCGGGACACGCGGAAACCCAAAGCGGUUAGCGAUAUCUCAGAUUACUGGAAAGCCGAUUUGGGGCUUCUGCCCUUCAUGCCCACGGACAACGUGGCCGAGACCGAUCUGCCAGAUGAUGUUGAUCCCAGCUUCCGGCUCAAAUACCUUGAGAUGUUGAACGAGAAGCUGGAGAAGAUCUUGAGACUGAAGUUCCACGUUUUCUGGAGCCAGGUGAUCUUCGAUCCAAACGUCAGCCGGCUAGUAGACUCCUAUUUGAGAUUCUGCCUCCGGGCACAUGAUCUCGAAGGAAUGGAUGAUGCCGGCAUAACUGCCGAGGAGCAGGCUGUGACGAAGGAGGUCAGUCGGAGGAUGCUACAGCUCCUAGUUCGGCUCAGUCGGCCACAGGAGAGUCCCAGCGACUACUUGUCCCACGACAAGUACGGGCAAGUCAUCCUCGAGAGCCAGGUUUUAGACGUGCCGAAGAUCAUCGACGUUUGUGUCAUCUACGGCGAUGCGAACCGAAGCACAGUGACGAAGAUCGUGCACUCUGCUUUCCGUCACCAGCCGCUUUUUAAGGAUGACUUUAGCUCAGUGGUUCAACACAUGUUGGAUGGCCUUCUGCAGUGCUGCGCGCCACUUCAGUUUGCUGCCAGGGGUCAGGGCUUGAGCGACCAGGACUUGUCAGUGAACGAAUGCCUGUCGUUCCUUCCGGAUAUGCUGAGUUGCUUCAAUGCCAUCUUCUGCUUCUUUCCAGAAGACUGUGUGGACAAGCUGCUGGGAGGCAAGGAAGAAGGCCCGAAGGCCCGCCCCAGCAACCUAGGCCUGCAAAGUGCAGUGGAAUUGAACGGCCGGCAAGGGGUUGUUCUGGAGCCGCUGGCUGAGAACCUCGCCAAGGGCCGGAUUCGGGUAUACCUUGAUGGCAAAGAGCUGGCCGUGCGGCCAGAGGCCUUGGUGCUUGCCACAGAUGUGCCAGACGAGAUGCAAGAAAGUGAAGAAGAGGAAGACUUCGAAGAAGGAUCUGAGGAAGACGAGUUUGAAGAUGAUGGCAUCUGCGAAGAAUCGCCGGAAGGCGCUUGUGGGAUUGACGCAGCACCGAGCCCCCUCCAACCUUCGGUCUUCUGGUGCUAUGGCUGUUUCAGAGAGCUGAACGCCUCGCAAGCAAAUCGAUGUUCGAAGUGCCGCACAGCCGUAUUUUGUUCCAGAGAGUGCCAAAGGAAGUGUAACAAGUAUCACCACGUCAGUUGCCGAGCUCCUGAGCACCAGAAGGUCGAGACACUGAAUGGGUCAGCAGUUCUCCGACAUCUUCAACAGCAAUUUCAUGGGGGCGGUCCGACUUCGGAGACUGCUUCGUUGCUCGCUCGCAUGCGAAGCUUGUUAAUUGCUGCCUACACCGGGAAAGAGAAGAAAAGCGCAAGGCGCUCUUUGGGCCAUGACCCCGACGAUGUGGGAAUGGAGCUUCACACGAUGGCUCGGAUCUUUCUGCCAUGCGAAGAAGAGCUACAGUCAUACUACAACUAUUUCUGGACAGCACCAGGCAUGCCAGAGUUUUUGCUGGGCACCGAGCUCUCCACAUCCAAAAAGCAUGUGCCCGGUGAGUUCAGGGGUCGGGACGAAUGGGGCCAUCACCCCGAAGACUACGACAUGGAUGACGGCUUUGGAGAAGGUGCGAGCAUGGCAGGAUAUCAGUUCGCCUUCUUCCACUUUAACUUCCUUGCGCGGAGCAUUAUUAUGGAAGGAUCACGUGGGAUGAACAUGUCUGAUGUCAACUCUUGUGUGGCUCCACUGCGCAAGGAUGCGCCUUAUUUCAAGGCAGCUGCACACCGCCUGGGGAUACUGUACUUAAGCUCCUGCAGGACUUGUGGUGACUCUUUAUGCGCCGGGCCGGGUGCUAUGUUGAUGCUUUGUGCGGCUGAGCCCGAGCUGCGGCGGAAGUUUCUGAACCUGGGCCUGGGUCGGGCUGCCCUUCACGAGGUGCAGACGGCAGCUUCACGCCGAACCGCCCUGCAGUUGUUGGAGUCUGUCCCUCUAAGCGAGUGGCAGCAGCUCCCCAUCCAGGAAGCAGCGCUGCUAGCCGGGGACUUGGUCGAAUGCUUGCAAUGCGGUGAGGAAGAGGAGGACAGUGUUCGAGCUGCCCAGAAAGUGCUGAACGCUUUGUUGCGAAAGCAGACCAUGGGUGGGCUCUCUCCCAGCGACCAUGCAGUGGAGAUCAUGGAGCAUGUGCUUGCUUCGGGACUGCGAUGCGAGGCAGAAACCAGGGCAUUCUUCCAUUUCUUGCUUUCAAAACGUCAAGGGGCCGAGAGAGAAACCUUUGAUGCCUCACGGGACAUCAAGGCUUGGAAAGUGAUUUCUUCGCAUCGCUUCAGCGACGAAGGGAAGAAAACAUACCUUCAACACAUGUGGGAGGUCAUGGGGAAACAGGAGCGGCGAGAUUGGAACUUUCUCUUCAAAGCAGGUAGCGACAUCGGUUGUGAGGUGCCCGAAUCGACAAAGAUUCCUUGGAGGGCCAAGGGACAUCUCGAUCUGAUGGUGCUCCUGCACGACGCCAUUUCUGCUCUUCGAUCGAAGUCGAGCGACGGCAAGACUCCGCUGGACAGCAUCAUCAAGCUGCUCAGUCGGCUCUUGAGCUGUGUGUUAGGCUUUCGCAUGGCCCCUCGGCACGGUGCGAACGCAUUUGGCGACCUCGUGUCGUGGCUCGUGGAGCACUCGGAGAGGACAGAGCUCAUCCAGGAUCUUAGCAGGAAUGGGCUCGACAACAUCGCAAUGGAGUGGAUUGCCAGCGGCCUCGUCGAUGACACGCAGCUGGACUAUCUUGAUGAUGUAUGUGGAGGCCCAUUGCUGCCCAAGGAGGCACGACACCGAAGGCGGCCAGCGCCCAAGGCAGCUGGAGGAGGAGGUGGAGGUGCCUCUGCGAGCUCUAGUCGGCCGGAGUCCAGUGCAUCUACAGAACGUGCGAAGAUCCGCGAGGUCCGUGAGGUCGUCGGCAACGACUACGGAGAGG